AUGAAUAUACAUAGUCCUUCAUUACUAACAGGUGUAAUAGAAAGUUUUCUAAAGAUAAAAACAGAGAAACCUAUUGUAAAAUUUAAUACAAUUCCAUUAAUGAUUGGGUGUUACAAACAUUCAAUGCGAGCUAUUCUACAGUGUUAUUAUGAUUAUCAUAGAAAGAAAGCUAUAGUAGAUAAUUUAAAAAAAGGAACUCAAAAUUUUAAUCAAAAUAUUUCUUUAAUGAGUGAAUUAGAAAAUUCGUUAGAAAAGAAAGUAUGUCAAUUUGAAAAAUAUUCUUUUCAAGAAGGUAUUCUAUUAAACAGCAUGCAUGAUAGUCUUUCUAAUAAGAAUUUUUAUGAGGGAGUAGAAGAAAUUUACAAAAAAAAAUUACAAGCUUAUUUUAAUGAUGAAUUUAAUUCUAAAAAACAAGAUUUGGCUUUUAAAGAAAAAGACGAGAAGAAGAAGAAAAAAAAUUUGUUAUCUUAUACCGAGAUAACUCAUGAUAGUAGAAACGUUCUUAAAACUUAUAAAGAUUAUUAUGAAGUACUUUAUGCUCAUUUAGAUAAAGAAUAUGGUAAAUAUUUGAGGAGUUUAGAUGGAAUUAAUACAGCAAUUCAUGAGUAUAAACCUUUUGAAUAUGUAGAAAACAGCCCUUUCUGGUGUAUUAUGAAUGGUUAUUUUUUAAACUUAUGGAGUUUGAAUUAUAGAGCAUUCUAUUUAGUUUCCCAUUGUGUAAAUUCUAUUAUAAAUGAUAAUAAAAUUAAAAAAUUUAAUAGAACAGAUUUGUAUUUAAUUGAUGGAGUUGAAUGGCAUGAGAAAGAUGAAUACACUGAGAUCUGUGAUAAAUUUAUUGAUAAAUUUACUAUUCUUCUUUGUGAAGUUGUUCAAAAAGCUAAAGACAUAAAAGAAUGUAAAUUAAUUAUAGAAGACCAGAUGGCUCGUGGUGCGACUACAACUUGUUUAGGUUUUAAAGUUGUAAGUACAAAUCCGGUUUGUUUAUUUAAACAUAAGCAAGCACAAAAAGAUUUAAAUUCAAUUCAAAUUGAUUUUAAAAAAACCGUUGAGAAUUUUGAUAAAAAGAUUGAACCUGUUAAAAACAAUAAAACAUAUCAAGAAUAUUUUGAUAUUGUGGAAAAUCAAAAACGUUUUAUUAAUUAUUUUAUUGAAAUAUCUAAUUUUAAUGUUAGUGGUAAAUAUUAUUUUAUUUUUAAUGAUUUCGUAAAAAGAGUUUGUUUUGUUGAAGAAGAAUAA